AUGGGUAUAACUGCACUCUGGGACGUGAUAAAGGCCGAGGAUCACAGUGUGCCAAUCGCUCAGCUAGCCGAAGCUCACUUCAAGAAACAUGAGCGUCCCCUACGGAUUGCUGUCGAUGAGGCCGAUUGGAGAUUUAACAAUCUUACUGCACAACAGGUCUACAUGAUACGCGAGACCUCCAAUGAACCGGCUUUCCAAGGUAUCGAGAAAUCCAUGUUUUACCGCAUCUGCCGUCUUCUCACAUUGAAUGUACAGUUGCUCUUCGUGUUCGACGGCCCAGGCAGACCUUGGAAGCGUGGACGUCGCGGACAAGGUCGAAUCAACUACGAAGAGCGAAGAUUGCUCAAAGAGCUCCUCAAUUACUUACGGAUCCCACAUCAUGAGGCGCCUGGUGAAGCCGAAGCAGAAUGCGCUCGUCUACAACAGUUGGGCGUUGUUGAUGCUGUCUUCUCGCAGGAUUCGGAUACGCUUAUGUUCGGGUGUAGCAUGUUGGUCCGCGACGAUCGCGUCGCGAAAGAAAAAGGAAACAAUAACCGAUCCAAGGAAAACACCAAGAAGAGCGGAACUUCUGUGAGAGUCAUAUAUGGACAAGAGAUCCAACAGAGACACAGAUUUGAUCGCGAAGGGCUUGUCCUUUUCGCCAUGUUAAGUGGCGGAGAUUAUGACAUCACAGGGCUGCGGAAUUGCGGCUCAGCGAUGGCAGCUGGGGCAGUUCGCGCGGGCUUGGGCACUUCCCUAUGCCAAUGCCGGACCAAGACGCACUGUGUUCUGUGGCGGAGCGAGCUGUCAGCUUACUUCCAGACACAGAGAGGCCGUAAACCUGAGAUCCCUGCUGACUUCCCUGAUAUCAAAACCUUGGACAAGUACAACCGGCCCAAAAUUUCGACGGAUGAUCAGCUUCGCAACCUGCGCGGCUUGCGACAUGGUUGGAAUGUUCCUAUCGACGAAAUGAAACUACUAGAGUUGACUAGCUCCCGCUUCAACAUCUGGGGCAAGCUUUAUAUGAAUUGGGUCGGGCCGGUCCUUCUCACCAAAUACUUGGUCUCCCGAGACUUGACAUUGCCAAAGGAGAAUGUGCAUCAGAUCAAAAUUACAAAGCAGGGCGCGAAGAAAGACAUCGUUCAAAACGUUGCGCCACCAUUACUGAAGUCACUAGCGUUCUCUCCUUUUACUCUUACGACUCUUAUCCAGAAAGACUUUGAAGGUGAUCGAGCCGGCUACUGGACGAGCAAGAUGCAAGACCCUUUCGAGCCGGAUUGUACCGUUAAGGCAGACAUUCCAGUGUAUCUCCUAGAGAGGGUUUUGCCC